AAAGAAACUCUGGAUUAUUAUAUUACAGAAGUGAACAGAGUUUUGCAAUCCCCUAUCUUAUCCCUACAACAUGGCUCAGGCUGUGCCAAUGGAACCAGCUCUUGCUCUAGACCCAAAUGCAGUUCAACAACAGCAGGAGCAGGGAAGCAUGUAUGGAUGUUUGGCCAAUUUUGAAAUUGACAAAAGAAUUGGAAAAGGACAGUUUUCUGAGGUUUUUCGUGCAAGAUGUAAGAUAGACAACAGUGUUGUUGCCUUGAAGAAAGUCCAGAUAUUUGAAAUGAUGGAUGCAAAAGCCAGACAGGACUGCAUUAAGGAAAUAGGACUACUUCAACAAUUAAAUCACUUGAAUGUGAUUAAGUAUUUGUCAUCCUUUAUUGAGAACAACGAACUGAAUAUUGUACUGGAGUUAGCUGAUGCGGGAGAUCUCUCUAGAAUGAUCAAGCAUUUCAAGAAACAUAAGAGACUAAUCCCUGAAAAGACAAUAUGGAAGUACUUCAUCCAGAUAUGUAGUGCUCUAGAACAUAUGCAUAGUUGCAGAAUUAUGCACAGAGACAUCAAACCAGCUAAUGUGUUUAUAACAGCAGAGGGAAUUGUCAAACUGGGUGAUCUAGGCCUCGGUCGAUUCUUCAGCUCCAAAACCACAGCUGCCCACUCUCUAGUGGGAACACCUUAUUAUAUGUCUCCUGAGAGGAUCCAUGAAACAGGGUACAACUUUAAAUCAGACAUGUGGUCACUGGGCUGUCUAUUGUAUGAGAUGGCUGCUCUUCAAUCACCUUUCUAUGGAGACAAGAUGAAUCUAUAUUCUUUGUGCAAGAAAAUUGAUCAAUGUGAUUAUCCCCCUUUACCAGCUGACUGUUACUCAGAAGAGUUAAGGAACUUGGUAGCCUUGUGUAUCAACCCAAACCCAGAGCAACGGCCAGAUAUAACUUAUGUGUACAACGUAGCACAGAUAAUGCAUGCCCGACAUCAGUCACAACCUAGUAUUCAACAACAGGUUCAAAUGCAGCAGCAACAGCAUGCAUUUGAGGUACAACAACAACAAAUGCUAGCUCAACAACUGCAGGAUCCUCACUUGCAACAACAGAUGUUCCUACAACAACAACAGCAGCAACAGCAACAACAAAUAAUGCAACAGAGCAUGCCAGGACAACCAGUCCCCCAACAACAGAUGGUGAAUCCUCAGAUGACCCCCCACAUCAAUACUCAAUUUACUGACCAGUAGGUCAAUGGAUUAUUGGCAGGUGAAGACAACACAAGCUUUAACAAGCUGAACUUUAAUUAAGUGACUCCAGCAUUUGAGAUGGAGAUUUAACCAUGACCCGUCAGUUUUGUUCUUCUCUUUCCACUCACUGACCAUUUAUACAACAUAUUGUUGUUAUUUUAGACACAUAGUUGUAAGAUAUGCUUUAAAUGUCCAGAAAGAAAAUGAUUACAGGACAAAGUCAUUUUAAAAUAUUAUUUACUGUAAUUUACUGCAGGAACAAAUGUUAGAUUUGAUAAACUAAUGUUACACAUGAUCUGAUAAGGGUUUGUCAGCUUCAAAUGAAACAGACUGUGAAUUUAAUUAAUAUAAAUUAUAAAUUCUGUGAAGAAUUAAGUUAAGCAUACAAUUCAUUCAUUCUUUACAGCAUGAUGAUCUGUGACCAAACACUGUACAUAUUUGGUGUACAGUAAAACAUGCUUACAGCAAACAUGCUUAUAUCAAAUUGACACUUACAGUGAAGUAAUUUUAUUCAUUGUGACUUUGAAACAUAUUGUAAACUUAUUAAUGGCUAUAAGGAAUAACACUUAUAAUGAAGAAAUAUUGUCCGUCCCUGGCUCUUCAAUAUAAGCGUGUUUUACUGUACUGUACACUUGAACCAUGUUAAAUACUUAUCAGAUACAGUAUAAAAUGAAGUUGUGAAAUUUUAAAGUAUGCCAGUAUUUUUUUUUUUUGUUGACUUUCAUCAUAACUAGAAAAUCCAUUUUACAAAAGAAUUGUCAAAUCAAGUGGUAGCUUUUCAUGUUUAUUUCUUAAUAGAUCUGUGGUUGGAGUUCUGUGUGAAAACUUGUCAUAGGGCAUUAAAUUUACAGACUUAACAAUCAGUAAUUUAUCAGUGUCAAUUAAGUCUUCACAGAGGCCAUAAGUGGAGUGUAAACUGUUAAAUUAAUAUUUAUAUAUAUUGAUUUUGAAUGAUAUUUUGUGAUUUACACAGAAUCUGAAGUAUUUUUUUAAAAAGUGUUCAAGAAAGCUUCAGUUGUUUAUUUCAAAUUUUAAAGUUGUUGCAUUGUGCAAUGUUUGAGUGUAAGAGAGUGAGUGAUGAAAUGGUGGCCGGCCAUCAUCUGAUAACAAAUAAAGAUGUUCUAUCAAAGAAAUCCUAUUUAUGUAAUACAUUAUAUUAAGUGUUUGUUAAUUAGUAAAAGAAUAUGACUAAGUUUUGUGUGUGAUAUUGUCUUGGUGUUUUGUUUCAAUAUAAUGACUGUGAUGUUUGUUUGGUUGUAAUAGAAAAUAUCAAGAGACACAUUUUAUCAUGGAUACAUACUGUAUUAAUGAGAAAUGAAAUCCUGCAUUUUAAUUUUUUUUUUUUUAAUUUUUUUUUUUUUACUUCUUCUGCACAUGUAUUAUAUUUAUUUCAAAACACAUUAAAAAUUGUUUAAUCCAGACACCACUGGUUUUAUAGAAAUUAGCCAAAAUUCAGACAGCAUUCUGGAUUAGACAACAUUUUAAACAGUGUAUUUACUGAAUUUCAUCAUAAUAAGCAAUAUUUCAGAAUACACAACAUUCGAAAUUCACAACAUCUGGAUUAAACAAGUUUUACUGUACUAUCUCCACCUCAGGCUAGAGUGUAAAGCUUUAAUAUACAUGUGUACUCAAUUCCAUGUGUGCUUUUUAAAAAAAUCAUUGAAUGAACAUUAAAUGUUGAUUUAUUAUUAAGGUCAAGGUACAGGUUGUAAACUCAUUAUUUCUUAACAUUUUGUUUACUGAGAAAUUAAGAUACACCAAGUUAAUCCAAAUGAAUGCCAAUCUUGUAUGUGCUCUUUCAUUAUACACCACUCUAUUGAAAUCUCAGGGCCCACACAAGAAUUAGUAAUGAAAAAGAACCUGAUUGAUUAUCCUCCGCUAUCUAUUACAGACAUUACUCACCAGUAAUCCUUCAUUUCUGCUUUAAACAGAACACUUAGAUACUAAGGACAUCCAUUGAGAGCAUAAUAGACAUAAACAAUAAGUAUUUUAUUGCAGUUGUUGAUAAUUUUUUAUUAUUCAGAUGUGAAACUGCUUGAUAAAAUUAAUAUUCAUUUGUUGCGAUACAUUAUCAUGUUUUUAGUAAUUAUUUCAUUUAUGUACAUGUACAUAGUCUGCCGUGUUUUUUGCUUCAUGUGCUUUUUAUGGGAGAAUUCCGUCCACGUUGUUUUAGGUCAACCAUCACUUCCAUUUUCCUUCUGUCUAUUUAAUUUUAAGGCACAAAAUGAAAAUUUUCUUGUUUGAGUUGCACAAUUUGGGGGCCCUUAUCUCAAAAAAAAAUCUUACGACUAAGAUUAAAAAUUGAUAACUGCGUAAUUUUUUGUUCAAUAAUUUUUUUUUUUUUUUUUGUAAAAUAUUUACAAUGUUAUAUAAUUAAAUAGAAAUAUAAGAUUUUGGGUGACUUACUACAACUAAGAUACUACUUAGAGAAAGGGAAAAUAUUUAUCCUAGUUCUAAGAUUUUUUGUGAAAAUGAAUUAAAAAGCACAGAAACUGAAUAGCAGUUACUUUUACUGUCUCAAGAUCUAAACCCAUCUCCACAGUCAUUUAAUACCUGUAUUACUGAAAUCUAACUCUGUACAGUAUUGCUAUAGAAAUUAUCCUCUUUUUUUCUUUUUUUUAAGCUUAGUUUCUUAUGGCAUUUUUGAUCUUAGCUAAUCAUUUGACAGUAUCCUGGUCUUUUGUAGAUUUUAGAGACCAGAGAAACAUUCCAAACUAUAUUUUAAAUUAUGUAAAUAGUACUUAAUUUAUUGACAAAAUGUGCCACACAUUCAUCAAUGUUGAAUAAUCAUGGUAAAUAAACAGUUACCAUCCACAAA